AUGGAAAACCUGAACCAGGAUGCAAUUAUUAUACUUUUGGGUGAUUUCAAUAUAGAUCUGGCAAGUAAUCACUUUUAUAGUAUUAAACUUAAUGAUCUAAUCGCAAAGCAUGGUAUCUACCAGCUGAUUGAUAAGUAUACUCGAGUAACAAGGAUAUCAUCCACAAAAAUUGAUCUUCUUCUCACAAACCAAAAGAAUAUUAACUACGAAGUACUAACAACCCCUAAAAUUACCGAUCAUUCAAUUAUUACAGUAGAUCUUAAAAGUAAAUAUAUUGAAAAACGUAAAGAAAAAAGUUAUAGAAACUACAAAUCUAUGGAUGUAAUGGGAUUCCAACUUAAACUUAUGGACAUGGCAUGGCCUCAGUCACAAAACACAAACAAAUUAGCUGAAUGUUUAAUCGAUAAUCUACUAUGUGCACUAAAUCAGUUUGCUCCAGAAAGAACAGUGGUAUAUACGGAAAAAUUUGGAGAUAAGAAGUGGUGGAAUGAAGAGAUAAGUAAUGAAAUUAGACUAAGAGAUCAUCUAUAUCAAAGAGCCAUAGUAACAAAAGCUGAUGAGGACUGGAACAAUUAUAGACAACAAAGAAACAAAGUUGUAUCAAUGAUCAGAAAUACGAAAACUAAUUAUUUCAAUGAUAAGAUUGACUUGUUGAAGGAUGACCCCACAGAAAUGUGGAAAACAAUAAGAAAACUUAUAAAUUCCAAAACAAAUGAGGGACCUAAACCCGAAAUAAUAUUUGAUAAUAAACGAAUCACAGGUAAAGAAAUAAGUGAACAAUUUAACAUAUUUUUCCUAGACAGUAUUAAAGAAAUAGUGAAAAAUAAUAAUCAAAAUGAAAUUGUAAGUAAUAUAGAAGUUAAAUGCGUAAUGGAAAAAUUUAAAAUUUUAGAAAUGACAGAUCUACGAAAAAUAGUAAAAAAGAUGAAAAAUAAAGGAAGUAAUACUGAUGGUAUCACGGUACAAAUAUUAAAAUACGGGUUUGAAGCAAUAGGAGACAAAUUUCUUAAAAUAAUUAACAGCAGUCUAGAGAAGGGAAUUUUUCCAAGCUCUUGGAAGAACAGUAUGGUCAUCCCAGUUGAAAAAGUUAAGGAUACUAUUAAAUGUGAGGAGUUCAGGCCUAUCAAUAUGGUACCACCAUAUGAAAAACUCUUGAAAUAUGUGUUAAUGAUCAAAUAGUGAAAUAUAUUGAAGAUAAUAAAAUCUUUACUGACUAUCAGACAGGUUUUAGGCAUAAAAAUUCGUGUGAAAGCGCUUUACAAACUGUGAUGUUUAAUUGGAAAGAGGCAUUGGAAGAGGGUCAUCUUGUCGGUGUAGUUUUCUUAGAUUUUAAGCGUGCCUUUGAGACAAUCUCCAGGCAGCUACUAUUACACAAAAUGGAAAAAUAUGGGUUUGGAUCAUCCAUUCUCAAGUGGUUUCAAGAUUACUUAACUGAUCGGACUCAAGUAACUAAGUAUAAUAAUAUUUCAGCAGCUGCUCAAACCACUUAUGGUGUACCACAGGGAACGGUGUUGGGACCCACUCUAUUUAUUCUAUAUAUAAAUGACAUUGUUAAGACUAUAAAAAAGUGUAGAAUCCAGCUGUUUGCUGAUGACACUAUGAUAUAUACUGUAGGUGAUAAUGUUGAUGAAAUAAUACAAACACUAAAUGAAGAACUCAGUAAUUUAUUUGAAUGGUUGAAUAUCAACUCUCUCAGACUUAAUAUAAAUAAAACUAAAUUGAUGAUUGUGAAAAAUAAAAAUAAGGUAUUGACUCUCAAUGCAAACAGUGUAGUUAAAAUAGACAAUGAAAUGGUUGAAAGGGUAGUACAGUAUAAGUACCUAGGUUGUAUAAUAGACGAAAAUUUAUCGUUUUCUGAGCAUUAUAAAUUUAUAACAAAUAAAAUUGCUAAAAAAAGUAAUGUAUUAGGACGUACGUCACAAAACUUGAGUUGCUGGUCUAAGUUAACUAUUUAUAAAACUAUCAUUGCUCCACAUUUUUAUUUUUGUUCCACAUUGUUAUUUUUGAUGAAUAAUACCCAGAUAGAUAUUUUACAGAAAAAACAAAAUAAGGCAUUACGUAUGAUUUUGAACUGUGACAGAUAUGCUAGAAUAACUGAUAUGCUAAAAACAACAAAUCUUUUAAGUGUAAGGCAAAUUAUAACUUAUAACACUGAUAUUUAUUUACAAGAUGUUGAAUGAUUUAGUACCUAAACACCUACUCCAAAACUGUAAAUUUGUAAGAGAUAUACAUAAAUAUGAUACAUGUCACAAAAUAAUUUUUAUAUUUAUAUAAAUAGGGUAUCUACUAAUUUCAGCCAGAAUAGCUUAUUUUACAAAGGUUUAAAGCAAUACAAUAAACUGCCUGAAAGCGUCAGGCAUUCGGGUAGUCUGUCGCAGUUCAAGAAUUUGUGCAAAACAUUUAUAAGAGAGAAUAUUGUUAUAUAAGUUGUAGCUAUUUAUCUGGAAGUACUGUAUUUGAUUUAUUUAUCUUCUUUCUGUGUGAAUAUGGAAUUUUGUAUAUGUAUAUGUUCUAGCCAAGUGCUAUUAAUAAAGAUUAUUAUUAUUAUUAUUAUUAUUAUCUCAUGAGACUGUCUACAACUGAACUGGAGGUGGACAUUCCUCAUUGGUGGAUGAAGCCGAUCGACCACAGUCUUCACAUUAGAUAUAACUUUUUAUUAUUAUUGCAAUGUUUCUAUUAGCUCUCAAAAAAAAUAUGUAUAAAUUUUCCAUUCAUUUACAAAAACGUACUCGAUGAGCAAUAAAAGAAAUAAUACUCUUUUUUGUUUUAAUUAUUUUUAUACCUUACAUUAUUUUGUUAUUACUUUAACACAAUUAUUAUAUGGCCCGCAACCACAUCAAAGGUUUUAGUUUUGGCCCUUAGGGCCUUGCAAGUUGGACACCCCUGGUCUAGCAGAUGCGCGAACGUUUUAUACACACAAUAUGGAAAUAUAUGCCAGAAAACAACCAAAGGGACCAUACAAGUUGUCAAACGAUGCUUCCAACGUAGUGAAAUGUUUGAUACUUACUAUUAAUAAGACUGGACGAAACGUUACAAUGGUUAAUUACUUCACACCAGUUCCCCUUGCUAACAAUUUACUUCUAAUGAAACUGACUACAAAAGAAUAAGCGGGAGAUCCCAUCCGAGUUUUUUCAAGUAAAAAAUUGUCCAGUAUGCAGUACUAUGUUUGCUUACGGGAAAGAUUACAAUCACUGUAUUCUUGCGUCAUAUAUUCCAAGAAGUAAUAAAAACGUUCUGAUGCUAUCUACUCUCCAUGAUGAUGAUUCAAUAGAUCUGUCCAUCAAACAACCCAGAAAUUACAACAUUUUAUAAUUCCAUGAAAGGUGGAAUAGAUGUUGUAGAUUGAUUAAAGUCCAAAUAUUCCUUAGCAGAAUUAGUAAUUGUUGGCUACUAACAGUUUUUUUACUCUAUUAAAUAUUGCUACAAUAAAUUCCCAAAUAUUUCAGAAACAUAACAUGGGUGAGAUAGAAGCAAGGAGACUUUUUAUUUCAGAUCUCUCAAAACAGUUGGCAUUACCUCAUCUAAUUAGGCGCUCUUCUAUUCCUUUUUGACAAAAAAUAUCUAACGUUAUUGGCAAAAGACCAACGCAGACUAUAGCUCCAUUACAAGAUCAGCAGAAUCAGCAAAAAGUAAGAUGUAGAUAUUGCCCCAUAAGAAGGAACUAAUUUACACAACAUCAGUGUGAAACUUGUGUCUCUUCAGUUUGCAAAGAACACAGUCAAACAAUUACUUAUAUUUGUAUUGAAUUGUAGUAAUAAUUCUACUGAAGAAUCUUUGUAGUUUAUAUUUUUAAGCUGUUCUUAAAAAUAGGUAUUAGUAUAUUCCCUAUUCUGUGAAGAAACUUUCUUAAUCCAUUUUUUAACUUUAUUUUGCUAACUAUUUUUUUAAAAUUUGUAAUAAUAUUCAUAAAUAGACUUAUUAAAAAAAUAUUUUUUUUACAUUAAUGACAAACUCUAAUUCUUGGAUAAAAUCUAACAGGCGACUCAUCGGAUUAUGAAAAUAGUAGCGACCGUUCCCGGGUUAAAUUAAAUCGCUGUUUCCAUAAAUUUGCUAUUUCAUUGCCACAAUAUGGUUUUAAAAAGUAUCAUUGACAAUAAAUAACACAACUGUUAUCAGUGUUAACAUCAACAAUAUACCACUCAUAAAUACAUUGUUUCAAUGCAUUCUAUAAAUAUGUUUACAUAGCAGUGCAUGACUGACACAUUUUAAUUUAAAAGUAUUAUUUUUUGGUAUUCAUUUUCUUUGUAUGUUCAUUAAUCAGUGCAAAAAUAUGUAAAUAAAUUUAGUCAUAUCAUAUAACCACUACUUUGAAAACAUACCGAUUUUUCAACAUAAUGCACUGAAAAUAAAUGUUUAAUAUACACAAAAAUAUUUGAAGGUAUAGAUAAAAAAUA